CCAGAAAUGCCAUAACGCCUACAAUUUGCUGACGGACAAAGAUUAAGAUGUCGGAAAACGCGAAAAACAAUAGCUGCCUGCAUUGCAGCGUAUUCAGUACGAAAUACCAGUACCAGGAGAUCUUCGAUGAGUUUGGAAUCGAACUGGGACUGCAGUCCCUGCUGUCCAGGCAUUACCAGCUCGAAGUGUCGCCCGAUCCGCAGAAGCAGCAACUCCUGUGCGAAGUGUGUGUCACCAAUCUCAUUCGCCUCUUUGACAUCGAUGAACUGGAAAGAGAACGGGAAGCUGCGAAGGAUGCGGCCCAGGGCAAAGAUUCCAAGGCAGAGGAGGACCCCAUUAUUAUUACCGAGGUCCAGGCAACUCCACCAGCUGCGAAACCAGCCAAGAAAACAGUGCCUUCAAGGCCCCUGACUAAGGUUCUGCGACCAGUGCCCAUUAUUCCCACCCGGGAACCGAGUGCCCGGAUAAGGAAUAGAGCGGCUGCUGCUUCCAAUGUAACGCCUGAUACAUCUAGAUCUCCAGAGCCACCAGAGACGCCUUCCACCGAAGAUGCUGUUUCCAAAAGUGAGCCAAAACUGGUUUCUAAAGUAGCAGAUCAGGAACAUUUUAGUGUGCUUAUACAAAAUAUUCUGGACGAAGAGGAAGCUGUUGUUGAGGAUGAGACCGCAGUGAAAGAGGAGUCCAGUGAAGCUGUCCAGGUCACAGAGGAAACAGAAGCCCCUGGCCAAAUAGUCAUCCUAAACAGCGAGGCUGUGACAGACACCAAUCCGGAUGAGAAUGUUUACAUAUACGAGCAUGAGGAUGUUAUGGAUCCAAAUUUGGACAAUGUUAAGGUAAAACCCAUAAGUUGUUCGUCUAGAUUGGUAGCUCAAGCUGAGGAAAGUCAAAGCGAUGAUGACAUCGACGAGGGAGAGACUAGCAAUGUUGUUCUGUUUAACUUUGUGGACAUCAAAGAGAAGGAUGAAGUUGAUAAUAUUCCGGAGUACUUGGCCACCGUGGUGAAGACGAGCUUUGAAAAGCUGACAUUUCAGUGGUGCACUGUGUGCAAGCACUGCUCUCUGAAAUGUCCCACAUUCGAGAGCCUUUUUAGUCACUUGUCAAAGGCACACAAAAGCCGGAGAGAUGUCUACGAGUGUCCCAUCGAAGGAUGCAACAAGGAGUUGAAAGGUCGCAAAUUCCUAGCCAUGCAUCUUGUUUUGUUGCACGCGCCAGUGGCUGAAAUUCCGAUCUACGGCAGCUGUCCGGAAUGUAAAUUGACGUUCUCCAACAUUCUGCAGUACAACAAGCAUUCUUGCGCGCAUGUAAUAAAAAAGAAGCGAGGUUUUCGCUCUUAUUGUGAAAUGUGUUCGCUGGAGUUUCCUUCCUGGAAGCGUUUUAAUUUCCACAGCCAGUUUCACUUAGAAAAGCACAGACCAAGAGCUUGCUUCGUCUGUGACUAUGCCACCACGAACAUAGAUGAACUUUUUCAGCAUUUAAAUUAUUCUCAUGAGCCAGUGGGCACCUUAUUCUGCGACCUUUGCGACCGCACUUUCCGGGACCCCUCCGUUUUUAUGGAGCACAAUAAGUCGCAUGCCAAUGUUAGCAGCACGACCUACUCUUGCAGCGAAUGUAUGGCCAACUUUGAGUCGCGGGGCCGGCUAAAUGGACACAUGAGAGCCAUGCACGGCAGUGUAAUAAGCUGUGAACUUUGUUCCCGGGAAUUUGCCACCGAAGCUACUUACAAUAUUCACAUGAAGAAGCAUCUGAUCAUCGAAAAAGAUGUGCACGUGUGCAGCACCUGCGGUCUAUUAAGUGAUAGCCGCGAAACCCUCCUAGCCCAUGUAAAUUCCGUGAAGACAGCCUGUUUUGGCUCGAAGAUAGACGUGGAACUCCUACGGGAUGCUUAUGUGUGCGAGUACUGUUCCUCGUACUUCAAGGAAAAGGACUGUCUUCAAGCCCAUCGCGAUUCCGGGGUACAUAAAGAUGGAGUGUUUUUGUGUCAGCCCUGCGGCAAAGAAUUCCCACAUAUGAAACUUUAUCGCCAUCACCUGCGCAACUAUCAACAACUUCGAUCGGACUCAACACAUCGCAGGCUAGAAAUAUGUGUUUACUACAUGUGCGACCAGGAAAACUGCACAGAGUCUUACGUGAACUGGAACUCCUUGUACACACACAAGCGGCGCACACACGAAUCCGCGAGCAAGCAGGCCGAGAAGAGUUCAAAGUCUGCCCAGGAAUGGGUUUGCCAGUUUUGCUUAAAGGAAUGCCGGUCAAAGAUGUCCUUGUCUGUUCAUGUGGCAAGGAGUCAUAACAAUGACAACGUCACUUGUCCGUUAUGCAAUUCUUCGUACAAAAGCCAUGAUGCUCUGGCCAAGCACCAUGCCUAUUGGCAUGAACCAAUAGAGUGUCCUGAGUGCUUUAAAAUCGUCAAAAACCGACGAAAUUAUGACACUCAUGUCAAUGUGGUGCAUUCGAAUAAGAAGCGCUAUUCCUGCAGUGUCUGUCAAAAGGGCUUUUAUCACAAGAGUGAAAUGGAAGCUCAUCAAAAGCUUCAUGGGCAGUCUUACAGCUGCGAACAGUGCAGUUUCACCACCAGGAACAAAAAGUCCCUUUCUGUUCAUGUUCUUGGUCAGCACUACAAGCGAUUCGCGUUCGAGUGCAACGUGUGUAAAAAGAGGUUUGGACGCAGUCAAGGAUUGAAGACGCACAUGCAGCGAGCCCAUGGUGAUAAAUACACGUGCCGCGACUAUUUCGACGGCGGCUGUGGACGGACUUUUGUAAACAGUUCCCAGUUGAAUGUGCAUGUCCGAAAGAUUCACGAUGGCAUCAUUUUGCUCCAGGAGGAUGUGGUUGAGGAGGACGAAUACAUCACCGAUGAUGCGCCAUCCACAUCUAAAAAGCGCCGCCUAAAUGAAAAUAAUGAGUUUAUAGAGGAAGCAGAUGGGGAUGACAUAGUGAUGGAAGAUGAUGACGAGGAGGCGGACGAUUUUAUUGACGAGAUACCAGAUGAGGACACACAGAAUUAAGGCUGGUACAUUUCGGUAAUGUAAGAUUUGCUGCUAAAACAGAUUUAUUUAGUUUGAUUUUCAUUUGUUUGCUACCAAUUAAUUGAACACAAAUGAUGUCCCAAAAUGACAUUAAUAUGCAUUCCAUAGUAUAUAAUAUAUAAUUCUAGUGAUAAUGUAAUGGCUACUUUAGCUAAUUUCAAUUGCAAUUAACUAGCCAGAGUCUGGCGGAAGCAAAUUUGAUUUAUUAAGCGUUGUAGUUUGGUCAUUUAAUUGCUGAAGAUUGUGUGCGGAGCUUACCUGAAAUUGUUAUUAACUUGUUUUAAAAAGAUUCUUAACGAAAUG